GUGGCGCGGCGGGAGCCGCUCUGCGGGGAGUCGCGAGGUGUCUGGGAAGCGCGCGUGCCGCCCGAGGAGGCCGCGGAGCGCGCGGCCAUGGCUUCUCUGCUGGCCAAGGACGCCUACCUGCAGGGUCUGGCCAGGAAGAUCUGCCGCCAGCCCAGCCCGGAGCCGCAGAAGCGCACGUCCGCCGGCAGAACUCGAGGCUCAGAAGCUGCUGGGCCCCCAAAAAAGAAGAGGAGGAAAGCACAGAAGAAAUCACGGGAGCGGGAGAAGGCUGUGGAGCUGAAGACCCAGGCUCUGGGGGGAGAAUCUCCAGCACCUUCCGGGGCCAGAAAGCCAGCAGUAUGUGAGGAGGGAGAGGCCUUCCCCUCCAUGCGGUCCCCAGCACAUGGGGAUGUGGAGCAGGGCCAGCUGACACCAGAAACCCUGGUCACAGAGCCCGACUCUCUGUUUGCCCUGGAUGUCGUGCGGCAGCAGCUACAUGAGAAAAUCCGGGAGGCUCGGGGCCAGGGCCAAACCGUGGAGCUGUCUCUCGCUGCUUUGGAGAAGAGACGGCGGAGAAAGCAGGAGCGGGGCCGGAAGAAGAGGAAGCGAAAGGAGUUGAGAGCAAAGGAGAAGGCGGCGGAGGCGGCGGAUCUGCCCCGUGCGCUACCCCAAGAACCGCUGCGAGAGGACGUACCAGCGGGGCUGCUCUUCAAUAAGGUGGAGGUGACUGCAGAGCAAGCGGCCAGCAAGGCCCAGCGCCCGAAGGAGAAGAGGCGGAAGCUGAAAGGGAACCUGGCGCCGCUGACGGGCAGGAACUACCGGCAGCUGCUGGAGCGCCUACAGGCCAGGCAGGCUCUGCUGGAGGAGCUGCGGGGCCGGGACGAGGGGAAGGCGCGGGAGCUGCAGAGCAAGAUGCAGUGGACCAGCCUGCUGUACAAGGCGGAGGGCGUGCGCAUCCGCGACGAUGAGCACCGGCUGCAGGAGGCCCUGAAACGCAAGGAGAAGCGGCGGGCACAGCGGCGGCGCAGGUGGGAGAAGCGCACGGCCCACGUGGUGGAGAAGAUGCGGCAGCGGCAGGACAGGCGGCGGCGGAACCUGCGCGAGAAGAGGGCGGCCCGGGCCGAGCGGCGCCUGGAGAAGGCCCGCAGGAAGGGCCGGAUCCUGCCCCAGGACCUGGAACGGGCCGGCCUGGCAUGAGCCUGUGGCCCUGGGGGGCUGCCCUCCCACCUCAUGGGCGGGCGGCGGGAGCUUGGUCUGCACUCCUGGCAGAUGGCGGCUCCGUGGGUUCCCCCCACAAGCUGGUUGGGAGGGCUCAGCGCCCCCGGGGGAAGGAAAGGAAGAGUUACCGAGAACGGAGGCCCAGAUCCUUCCGAGCUUGGGAGGGGCUGACCGGGUCCGGGUUCCCGCCUUCUCUUGGGAGGCCCAAAGCUGCCCACAAGUCUGGGGGGUGGGAGGCGUGGAAGGCACGAGGGUUGAGGGGCUCUUCCCUGGCUCCUCCUCCCCCUCCCGUGUUGACACGGGCCGGGAACGUGUGGCCUUUGGGACUGCCCGUGUCCGUCCAAAACCCCCCUGGAAGGGAGGAAGCUCAGAACUGCUCCAGCCCAAGUCCAGGGUGGCACCGGCCUCGCCGUGGGCAGAGGGUGGGACCGACGUGGCUGUGACUGGGAGGGCGUCAUCCUGAGUGUCUUUGCAAGAGCAGCGAGAGUUAGAGCUUAAGGCCAACACCCACACGGGAAGUGUUAAGAUUGUGAUACCCGCUGGGGGCCCCCUGGGUGGCUCCGUCGCUCAGACGCGCCUGACUCUCGGGCUUGGCUCUGGUCCGGACUUCAAGGCUCUUGGAUCAAGGCCCCCAUCAGGCUCCCCCGUCAGCGUGGAGUCUGCUUGAAAUCUCUCAUGCCCUCCCUCGGUUCUUCCUGCUCGUGCUGUUUCUCUAAAAUAAAUAAAUGUUCGGUGGGGAGAGAACGAUGGCGGCCGAGGACGAGCGUGGCGUGCGCUGUGCCGGGAGGAAGGGGGAGCCGGGGCACGCGGAGGGUGUCCGUGCAGGAGAAGGCAGCAGACAGGGACCGCUGGGAGCUAGGACUCGGCGGGGUGAUGCGCACCGCCCACAGAGGCGGAGGGAUUCCACACACCCCUGCAGGGGAGCAGAACCUCUGCAGACACACAAGACCCGGGUUUGUGGCUCAUGAGUCAUUCCUCAGUAAAGCCGUUGGUAACUGUUAGGCUGAGCUCCAGUUACAUCGAUGGUAACGGAAAGGCCGGCGUGGCCAUCCUGGCCAGAGCGGACUUGAGGUCCACAGCACCACAGAGGCUAAGGUAGGUCACGGCAGGAUGGAGGAUGGAGGGGCUCUGACGCCUCCAUCAGGGGUGCUGACGCCCCCAGUGACGGAGCUGCAAGUCCCCCAGGGGAAAUCUGCGCACAAACAAAGGCAGAGGCAUCUGGUGCCUCUCUCAGGCCGAGACACACCAGGCAGAACUCCAGUGGAUCGGGAAGAUCUAGAUGCGGGCUGGGAGCCUGAUCUAAGGACCCAGAGCGCUGUGUCUGGACACAAGCGCCCGGCUCGCCACCCACAUCUGGGGCAGCAACGACAACUGACCGCCUGGUCCACGAAGCAAGCUCUCUGUCAAGGAAUCGGCGUCCUCCCAGGCGUGUUGUCUGGCCACAGCAGGGUUUACUUGUUGGAGUCAAGAGGUGAUUGCCGAAGUUCCGCAUGAAGAAGUCUGUUCCAAGGAGAACCGUUGUCACAGACCCCAGGAGAUGUAACCUCAAGAGGGAAUCAUGACGACAGACCCAACAGGGAAGGAGGGACAUUGCAUCUCCGACAAGAAAUCCACCAGCCCAGCGGCUCAGCUGGUGAGGACCCCCCUCGCCCUGAAGUCCUGCUCCUGCCCAGGGACUUCCGGUCAGGACAGCCCCUCUAGUGUCCUCAUAAAAUAACUCUCCUUUCUUUGUCGGACUUUAUGGUGGUUUUGCUAUAGCUUGCAUGUCCCGAAUAGUCCCGAAUUGUAGUUCUCUGCUAUUCCUGAAUAAAGCCAUUCUGGGGGCAAAGUACUGGUGGUUUUUAGGUCAGCAGGAAUCUCCCAUUGGCACCGGUUCUUUGGGUGAGACUGAGAAGAAGGAACCUGGCCUUCCCUCCUGUUUGGGGCCCCAGGACUUGAACUAAUGCAUGUUCAGAAAUUCAGAGAGGGGCUGUGACCGAUCAGGUAGCCCAAGUGAGGCAUCUGUUUGCCAGACCUGGGGACGGGGGACAGAGGAUCUCCAGACCUCGGUGGGUCGUGCCAUCCAGCUCACCGCACUAGUCUGGCAGGAAGUCAUGGGAACCUUGCAUACGUGGCCUGUGGGAAUAAAAGUUCGCUGCAUGUUCUCUGCUGUUGGGUCGUGACACCUGCGUUGGCCCUGGGAGCUCAGUUAUGGUGUCAUAGCAGCGUUCCAGCUUCAGAGAGGAGCCACCAUGCUGCUUUUCCAAGGCGACUGAGCUCUGCAUGUGGCAAAGGUGCGUCUUCCCGAUCCCCCCCUGACCAUCUGCUGGGUGGGUGAGCAGGUGACAUGACCAGGCUCCUCCGCAUCUUCCUCUCCAUGGGGAUUUCUGACGUUUCUGUUAUUCCAGGGCGUGUCUGGGAGCUUCGUGUACCUUAGUGCAGACCUCAGUGGACUCCAGGCUUUGUGUGGGCUGCAGAGGCGAGCACUGAAUCCGUCCUCGUUCCCUAGCUAGCCCAUCGGACCUUGGUCGCACACGCCAGCCAUUCUGGGAUUGCGUCCCUCCUGGCCAAGCACUUCCAGGAUCAGCUCCCACAUACUUCCCUGAUUUUUCUUUUCCCAAUAUAAAGCAGCAAAUGUUUCUGUUCACUUAGUGAGUUCAACCUUCCUAUUUUGACCUUGUAAUUGGGUACUCGGGGCCUGUUGAGGUCCGACUCCACUUGUAGGUCUAGAGAUCGGAAGGCGAGAUGGAUGUAGCAAUGAGGAAGCCGGCUCCUCGCGGUUUUGCAGAGAACCUGAAACUGGUCUGUUCAACCGGUAAAGUCAUCAGUUAAGAAAACAGGCAGACUCCACGUGGGAUCUGAAAGCUUUUGUCUGCAAGCACCACGUGUUCUCACAUUUCACUGGCCCAAACCAGUCCCACGGCUGCACCCAACUUCCAGUGGGCACAGAAAUGCAACCCACUCAGGGCCCGGAGGGAGGGCCAGGGUGCUUUGAAGAGGCUGAUACCUCCUGAGCAGAGGCUGGCUGCCAGCGCUCUUGGCGCACAUUUCUACAUCAGUCUCGGCUCUCAGCGGCAAGCCGUGGGUGACACGUCUGUGGACCUGAGCGGUAAGGGGAUGAAGAGAUUAGGGCACGUCCACCCUGAAGCAGUCAGCACGAAGCUGGUAUUUCUUCUUUCCGAAGGCACCAACGCCAGCUAGGAAAAUAAAAACAGAAAACAAGACGAUCUUGUUGUAAGUAGGAGGCAUUGGUGUCCCGACCCACACAGCAGCUGACGGCGCAGAAGCCAGCAGGAAUCGAAUAGGAGCAAAAUGCAGUGAGGAGGGGAUGUCUUUGGUCAUAGCUCUUGGGAGGACCCGUAAGUCCCCUCUCCGAGAGGCAAAUGCAAAGCCUGUGUCAGCUUCAGGAAUGUGAGGGGCAGAAUGGCAGCUGGAGCCCAUGUGGGAGUUUGGUCCUGGGAAGAGGAGUGUGGCAUGGGGGCAAAGACUCAACCACCUGGCCGGAGCACCUCUGUGGGGGGCUGGGGUGACCGUGACAUUGCCCUGAGACUGUUCCUACAGCUUCCUGUUCUCUCCGACUCGGGGGUGUAAAGGCUGAAGCUACACACCCAGCCCUCGGUUAUAAGGAAAGUCCUGUUGCUCUGAAAGAUAAUCAUGUUUCAUCCUGCUUCCGUGACCUGUGCAGAUACCUGUGUCGGGAAGAAGCUUACUCUGUCAUGAGUUUCCACGUGGGAAUUUGCAUGAGAUCUGUGUAGAAAUACCACCCGAUGCAAAGGAGAGAGCCAGGGACAGGUGCACUUGAAGAACCCAUGCCAAACACUUUUUGCCAGUGAAUUUUCUCAAAUAUUUCCUCAGGAAUAAAAAAAAACAGAAGCAAAAGCCAAUCACCUCUCUAAAGGAAGCCCAAAGUAGAAAAACGACCUUGCAGAGGCAAUAGUGAGUCAACAGAAGGAUUGAAAAAUAUCAGGCAAGGAGCGCCCGGC